CGCUCAGCCCCGACUGCGUGAGCACUGACUUCCAGCCCAGCAAAACCCCAUGGUCAGGAGCAGUGAARUUUCGGCUGAAGACCAGGCGGAGUGAAGCUCUGRGCCGCCCGCACUCCUGGCAUUCAAGCAAAUUUGCAGAGCACCAACCCGAUCUCAGCAUGAUGCAAAUAUCUCCGGGUACGCUUGGCACCCCUUGGCACCAGUCCUACCACUCCAGCUCAUCCACCAGCGAUCUCUCUGGUUACGAGCAUGGCUAUCUGAGGAGAAGUCCUGACCAGUACAGUUCCCGGGGGAGCAUGGAGAGCUUGGACCACUCCUCCGCUGGCUACCACCCUUGUCACCUGUCCCCAGCCAAGUCCACCAACAGCAUUGACCAGCUCUCGCACCUCCACAGCAAAAGAGACUCAGCCUACAGCUCCUUCUCCACCAACUCCAGCAUCCCUGAGUACCCCGCUGCUCCGUUCAGCAAGGAGCACUCCUGCUCCAUGGACAACGUGCACUUCCGAGGCAGCGCGCCAGAGGGCAUGAGGCAGGCGGACAUCAGGUACAUCAAGACCGUGUACGACGCGCAGCGAGGGGUCUCCGAGGAGUACGAGGUGAAGCCGUCCGCGCUGCUGCCGAGCUCCGAGGGCCGGCGACCAGCAGACGGCCGCAGCCACGGCCGGCUCCAGGGCCUCGGCCGGCACGGCGCAGCUCCCUGCCGGCUGCAGCCAGGCCGCAGCUCCCCGGACACCGAGAGCCAGCCCCCGAAGGGACCUCCCUUGCCACCCGCUCGCAGCGACAGCUACGCAGCCACCAGGCAUCACGAGAGGCCCGGCUUGUGCUCGGGCCUUGAGCCCAGCAAGCCUGGUCGGACCCAGCCAAAGGGUGCCUGGCCUCCCCUUCUCAGCAGCUUCUCCCAGGGACCCCUGCUGAAGACCCCCUUUGGAGAUGGGCAUCUGCACACGGUGCUGGAAAAGAGCCCGGAGAGCAGCCCCACGGUGAAGCCCAAGCAGAGCUAUUCGCAGGCGGCCCAGCCGGGGCAGCCCCUGCUGCCGACUGGGGUCUACGCAGUCCCUUCCCCAGAGCCGCAUUACGCCCAGGCGCCGCAGCCUUCUGCAGGCAGCAACGGGACCCUUUACCCCGCUCUGGCCAAAGAAAGUGGCUACCCCGCACCUCUUCCAGGCUCCUACGACAAGGCUGUCRCCAGCAGCCCCCUGGACUUCGAUGAGAAUGGAAACCAAAGCACUAGCACCAGGUCAAUUGUGUUUUACCAGCCUCCAGCCGGUGAGCAAAAGCAGGAUGCUGYGGCGAAACUUGUGCAGCAGAAACCUGCCAGUGCCCCCGGGCCCGCGGCACAACAGGAGUCGCUUCCGCUGUACAAGGCCCUUGCCGUGUGGGACGGCACCGGUGCCGCCCCGCCACUGCAGCCGAGGGGUGCCAGCGAGGGAAAAGCGCGUUWCCAGCCCCGGGAGGACCGGGCAGCCGAGCCCCAGCAGGACAAAAAUGGCAACCCCCAGCAAAAGGAGCAAGAGAUUGCGGCUCAGCCCCGCUGGCCUCACAGCGGGGACAGGCACUACGGCUGCACCUCCUUGCAGAACAUGCCAGGCAGCUCCGAACCAAAAGAGAUGCCGCCAGGUGAGGUUUAUUCCAGCACCAAGCUGUCCUUUCUGAGCAGCAGUGGUAAAGAGGAGAAGGAUCUCAGGGCACAGGGCCACAAGCAGUUCGGUGACGCGGAGCCGCAAGGCCUUGUGAGGCAGGGGGAGGCCAGCACGAGCACGACCCCGUUCCACACUGCUGAGUCAAAGGACGAAGAGCCCCCUUCCCCACAGCACUCCAAGACCUCAGAUUUUGGGAGGAGCCGGCUCAGCUCCAGCGGCACCCAGAGCUUUCCCUACAGCAAACCAGACCCCGGCAAGCUCCGUUGCUCUGUGCUGGAGAAGGUCAGCAAGUUCGAGCAGCGUGAGCAAAGUUCUCAGCGGCUCCAAAGCGCAGGGCUUCCCUCCUUCGGGCAGCACUACGGGCCGAGCCGGCCAAGCCAGCCCGCGGGCACUGUGUGCGUGCUGGGCGGCCUCGAGGACGUGCGGGCCAAGCUGGGCUCGCGGGAGGCCGGUGAGCUGCCCAGGGAGCCAGACCGCGGCUCCAUGCCCUCUAGCAGGAGCGGGAAGCCCGAAGACACAGACUGGCACCCUGGGGAGCUGCAGCUGGCAGCCGUGGCGAAGCAGCCCAGGGCGAGUGAGGGCUUCAACGUGUGCGCUGAACACGAGAUGCAAAUGAGGGCGGCUCAGCUCCCGAGGAGCAAAAGCACCUUCCAGCUGGGAGGGGAGCCCGAGAAGGAGCUUCUCUGGAAGGAGAACAUCCAGGAUGCCCACGGCUCGCAGCUGGACUCGCCGUUCAACAGGGCUUACAGGAACAGCAUUAAAGAUGCUCAGUCCAGGGUGCUGAGGGCCACAUCCUUCCGGCGCAUCAGCCCCCCAUUUGGGAAUGCCCCCAAGAGGGUGACCCAGCGGCCUGCCUCCGCCCACGUGGGCAUGAGGAGCACGGCGUCCUCUCCCCACACACCCAAGGAGCGGCACAGCGUGACGCCAACAGAAAGCAGCCUCUCGGCCCUGGACUACGCCAGGGCGCAGCACGUCGUGCGCAUCGGGGGCCGCAAGCGGCUGACAGCGGAGCAGAAGAAGCGGUCUUACUCGGAGCCGGAGAAGAUGAACGAGGUGGGCAUCUCCGAUAGCGAGCCGUCGCCCUUCUCCCUCCAGAAGAAAGGCCUCCAUUUCRUCUUCCCGGAGAACACGGUAGCUGACCGGCGCAAGAUCUUUGAACGGGACGGCAAAGCUUCCUCCGCAGCCAGCCUCUCCAAGCCCGAGCUCAAGCAGCUCCAGCAGAACGCGCUCGCYGACUACAUCGAGCGCAAGACGGGCCGGCGGCCGUCCUCUCAGGACACGGCGCUGCUGCGGGAGCGCUCGCACAGCUCCUACCUGCAGCCGGGCGGCCCGGACGGCCAGAGCCUCUCCUCUGCCUCCAGCAUGAACUCCCUGCAGGACCACAACCUCUACCGCCGCAGGGAGUCUCUGGAGCGGUUACCCAGGACGGCACGGGUGUCUUCUACCCUUCCUCCUGGCUUGAUGGGGUGCUUCGACCUCAAUGGAGAUGAGCAGAAGAAAGGGCGCCACGACAGCUCAAUCCUAAGCCGCCCGAAGAUGGACAGGUCCCGGGGCUACAGGGCCCAAACGGAGCUCGCCAAAGCCACGCACACAGACACUGUUGGCUUGCAGGGCCUGCCUUGCCAUGGGAAGCAGGAGCGGGUCCUGGAAACACCAUCCUCUGCCAGGAAAUCUGGUAAAUCGGUGUCCGUGGAAGACUUGCUUGAUAGAUACGACAAUCAGACAGUCACGGUGCAUAUACGCUCACGGUCGUCUCCCACUCCCAUAGCAGUGAAGAAGCACCAGGACCUGCUGAGAAGGGAAGCCAGKGAAUUUGGCUCCGCGGUGAAAGAUCCUUUCUACAUGAUCAGUGCAGGAGCCAGGUCUGUCAGCAGAAAGGAAAGAAGCCACUCUGAAAAAAUGACAUUCACAAGCUAUUACCCUCAUCCUCAGCACAACCGUGAGGCUGGUGCCAGUUCCUCUGCACUAACUGAGAGCCUCAAGGUCUCAGAGCCUUCCAGGCAGGAUGGCAGGACUUCUGCGUUUGUCCCAUCCUCGACAGAGGCAAGGAGUCACUACCCUGACCCAAAACAGGGCUUUAAACCCCUGUUCCUUGACCUUAGUCCUUCUGGAUCUGGUCAGUCCGUGCCUCAUAAGCCCACCCAGACGGUCUCGGACUUGCACUCUGUGGGAGAUGUCCUGGCUCCGAGACAGCACCAUGCCAGGCGAGAUGCUCUUCCCGCUGAUGGCAGCAGUGUUACUCAGGCACACUCUUUGGAUGCUGUCCAGGAUAGAUCCCCUGAGACUCCCACAGAGGAAAUGGUGUGGAGAAGGAAAGCUGGGCUGCCUCAGAGAUCCCUGCCUGACAAGGUGACAUGGGCUCAUGCGGUCAAGGAUGGCAGCUUCCCCAGGGCCGUGGUGUCUCCUCCAGCAGCUGGGCCGAAGCUCUCCCAGAGGUGGCAGUACCCGCCAACCCAGAGCAGCACUUCCUCUGACCCCGAGACUCCUUCUCCCCACGGGAUAAACCAUCUCCGGAUCUCAGAGUCCUGCCUGCAGCUUACGCCACCACCAGUGCUGCAGGAUGAUGAAGAUGAUGAGGUGUUUGUUGCUCCUUCUCAGCCUGGCAUUGGUGCUCAGCCUUUCUCAUCUCCUCUGCCACCCCAUCCUCUUCCCGAGCUGAGCCCUUGCACUUUAGCAAACGGCACGGAGGAAUUCCCACCUCCUCCCCCUGCAGCAGCCCUUGAGGGGAACGGGGCAGCUGGAGACAAAUCCRCCAGGCUCUCGGAGGAGGCCAAAGCGAGCAACUUCCAAGGCUUUCCCAAAGCCCUGGUCGAGAAGGAGCUGGGCCUGGGCACCGCUAUCAGUGAAGAUAAUUGGCCUGCAUCAAAGAGGACUAGCUCUCCGUCUGCUGUGGAUAAGCAGCACCAGUUAGUUGCUUCUUCUGAAGGGUCUCACAGCUCUCAUGGGCAGCCCACAACUCAACCCGAAGGCAAAAGCAGGGAGCCGGCAGUCGCUGCUGGAGAGUCAGAAAACGGCAGCGUGGACUCCAGGACAGUCAGCCCAGCAUCUCCUGUGAAGGCGAAGAUAAAGACCCCAGAGGAAAUCAAGUCAGAGGCUCUAGCAAAAGAAAUCAUCCACAAAGAUAAGUCUUUGGCUGAUAUCUUGGACCCGGAUUCCAAAAUGAAGACAACCAUGGACUUAAUGGAAGGGCUUUUCCCCGGUGGAACCAGCUUGCUGAAGGAGAACAACAUGAAAAGGAAGAUGUCACAGAAAACAGCUAUUAGGACAGCUCCUGGAGAUGACAAGAGAGAAGAGAAGGAAGGGCCUGUAACUCUGGUCCCCUGCCCUGCUUAUUACAACGUUUCAGCACCCAAAGCAGAACUGCUGAAUAAAAUCAAAGACUUGCCAGAAGAAGCAGGUGAGGAGGAGGAGUUGCUAGACAUCAACGAGAAAAAGGCCGAGCUCAUCAGGAGCUUGACCGACAAGCUGGAAAUCCUGAAAGAAGCCAAGGAAGGCCUGCUUGCAGACAUAAGGAUGAAUAACGCUCUUGGAGAGGAGGUGGAGCAGUUGAUCAGCGAGCUGUGCAAACCUAACGAGUUUGACAAAUACAAGAUGUUCAUUGGAGAUCUGGAUAAGGUGGUGAACCUCUUGCUCUCCCUCUCGGGACGCCUGGCCCGGGUAGAGAACGUUUUGAGUAGCCUAGGGGAAAAUGCCAACAGUGAAGAGCGGAGCUCUCUGAACGAGAAGAGGAAGCUGCUGGCUGGCCAGCACGAAGACGCCCGGGAACUAAAGGAAAACCUUGACCGUCGAGAACGUGUGGUCUUGGAGAUCCUGGGCAACUACUUCUCCGAGGAGCAGCUCCAGGACUACCAGCACUUUGUAAAGAUGAAGUCUGCACUUCUCAUAGAGCAGCGAGAGCUCGAUGAUAAGAUCAAACUGGGUCAGGAGCAGCUCAAGUGCCUGAUGGAGAGCCUCCCCACGGACUUCACGCCCAGGGACGCAGCAGCAGCGGCUGCCCUAGCUGCAGCACUUGCUACCUCUGCCGGGGUCGGGGGUAAAACACCUCCAGUGGUCUCCUCUCUCUAACCUCCUUCAGAUGGACAGGUGGUAAAGUUCACCUGCUUGAGUCUAUUUAAUCCAAGUCCUUUGCAGAAAGUUCUCUACAGUGACAAUGAAUGGAGACAGGCUUAAAAUGAACUUUUCAUGAAGAAAAAGAUUUUAUUUCCCUUUCCCUUCACCUCUGCUUCUGGGAAACCUAAAACAAUCUGGAGAGGACUCAGCUAUUUCCUCCUGCCAGACAUGAAGAAGAGUCUCAUGAGAAAUAAACACGUUACCUUUAAUAAAAUCAUGACCUUCUUUCUUCCCCUCCUUUUCCUGCCUGCCUGACAGGUCGUUAAAUAAUGAAGGAUCUAAAAGAAUGAAGCCUUAAAAAUCAAAGCAACCCGUUCUCCUGAAAAUUAAUGAUAUUUAUAUUUUUUAAAGAACAAGAUGGAAUGUGUAAGUUUUUGUACAUAUUCUAAUCAGUUACUUGAUUCUACUUUGUUCUCUAUUUAGAAAAGACAUUUAAUUUUGUAUUUUGUGAAAAACCUUAACAAAAAGAGGGAACCCCAAAGAUAGUCACACAUUAGCUUGGAACAUCUCUUGGUGUUUGUUGUUGUUUUUGUUGUUUUUUUUUUAAUAUAAUAAAGAGCUACCAGAAGAAGCCUCAACCUGUUUCAACACAUGCUGAAUAUACCAGUAAGAGCCCUUGCAGAGCAGAUUUUGACCAAGAAAAUAUAAUCUUUUUUCUUCUGGAUCUUGUGUUCAAAUGAUUCUGGAGUUCAAACUUACAAGAAACCGCAUUUCAGGAGUCCAACCUAGCGCGAAGCAAUAAAUCCAGGUCUGGACUGAC